AUGAAAAACUAUUUCAAAAGUUACUCUACUAAAAAAAAGUUAGACAAAGAUGAAUCCAAGAAGGAUGAAAAUCUGGAAAGUGCAUUGAGCCGUCAUGAUGAAAUGAAGGAUAAACCAAGGAGCAGAAGCCUUCCUCGUGAUAAUACAUUUUUGGAGGAUAAAAUGAAAGAAUUAGAUAGCAUUCUACGUGCGAACGAUAAUUAUCUACAAAAGGAACCUGGUAAAAGCAAACGGAACACCCGUUCGGUGCUUUCUCCGAAAGAUUUGAAUAUACAAAGCAAAGUGAAUAAGAGUUCUUUAACGUUUCUUAAAUCAGAUUUUUCUAUGCCAGCUACUGAGGAUACUUCGAUGAGCAAGAGCAACCUGAGCAUGGAUAAACAAAGAACGAGUUUGGGAAAAGUAAAGGAUAAAGGAAAGAAAGAUCUUACAUCUUACACACCCCGAUCUUUAAUACAGCCAAGUUAUCUUGGUUCUAGUGAUCAGCGUCGACCCUUUUCGAGCUUGCAUUUGUUUGGAAACUCGAUACUCGAUUCGAAAGACGAAAAGUCAAAGCCUUUAUUUAAUUCUAGUUCUUUUUGCGUAACAUCUACGCCUGUGGCCUCACGAGAAAAGAAUUCGUCGAUUUUGCAUUAUAACUCAGUGUCGCCUACACAAUCCAUUUUGGAAGACCAUUCUGUGGAAAAGUAUACUCUUCGAAUUCGUGAGCUUGAGCGAAUGUUAAAUGAUGAAAGGCAUCUAAAUGCAAACCAUGAAAAAGUCAUUGCGGAGAUGAAGGUCCAUUUAAAAACACUACGAAAUGAAUUUCAGUUUGCAAAGAGACUUUUUAUGAACGCUCUUGCUGAGCAUCAAGAAAUGGUCAACAAUAACUCCAAAAACUGUCAAGUACAAUCUUCUCGUCUGCCACAACAGUUGUAA